UCGGAACUUCAAUUUGAGACCAAUUGGAUUAGGUCAAUUAGUCAAGAGAGGAAAGAGAGAGGUAUGCAUCCAAUACAUUUGGCUAUCACUUUUUACACUUUUAGUGGAUGAUUUCAAUUUUUAAAAAUACUCGCGUUGUCAAUUUAGAGGCUUGAUGAAUUGUUUUUAAGCAUUUGGUAAAUAUCAUAAAUCCGUUAGUUCUCAAAGCUUCUUGUGAUUGCUCAUGGUUAAACCCAAUCAUCACUUGGGUAUAGUUAUCCAUUUUAUGUGUUUUUAUUUAAUUGAUUUAACUAUAGCCCUUUUCUUUUCUUGGUAUGUAGAUAUUAUGGAUCAGUUUGAUGGUGGUCAGGGUGGUCAUGCAAAUGUCCACAAUGAUAAAUUUAAUUCUAGCAGCUAUAGUAAGAAUGACAUUCUCGAGUAGAAAUUUGAUUCAGAGGAUGAUGCACAUGCCUUCUAUAACGCAUACGCUAAGGAAAUGGGGUUUAGCAUACGGAAAGAUAGGUUGAAAGUUGACGAGGCGAAUGUGCCUCGUAAGAGGAAAUGGGUAUGUUCAAAGCAAGGUCGAAGAGCAAAAAAACAUUUGGACCGUAAGGAUCGGAAAAGACCCCCCCGGGAUGAAACUAGAGUUGGAUGUUGAGCUACUUUCAGCAUCCGAUAUGAUAAAAGAGUUGAAAAAUAUGUGGUGCCUCACUUUGACGAUGAACACAACCAUCCAUUUAUAGAGAAACGUUGUGUGCCUUUCCUCCUCUCACAUAGGUGUGUGAGUGAUGCGGUUAAAGCUCAAACAAAAGUUGUGCACAAUGUCGGUGUGAAGACAGGUCAGAUCAUGGAUUUGAAGGUCAAUGAAUCAGGGGGGUACGAGGAUGUGGGCUUCACUCUAAAAGAUCUGCAGAACAAAAUUGAAGUUGAGCGCAGAGUAGAACUCAAAGACGGGGAUGCAGAGGGUGCUUUGGGUUACUUAUCUGCGAGAGCGAAUGCCGAUCCAUUAUUUUUCUUCAAGUAUACCGUGGAUGAGGACAACCAGCUAGGUAAAUUGUUUUGGGCAGACUCGAAGUCUCGGAUGGACUAUGCUGCUUUCGGUGAUGUACUAAUAUUCGACACAACCUAUCGAACUAAUGCAUAUAAGAAAUCGUUUGUCAUUUUAGCUGGCGUGAGCAACCGUUUUCUUACGACUAUUUUUGGUUAUGCCUUGUUGGUUGAUGAGACAUUUGCAACAUACACAUGGGUGCUGGAAACCUUAAUGGAGGCCAUGGAUAACAAACGACCUGUGUCCGUAGUGACAGAUGGUGAUAGGGCAAUGCGUCAGGCAAUUCAAAAAGUCAUUCCGGAUUGUAGGCAUCGUCUUUGUUCGUGGCUUCUGUCAUGAAAUGCCGCGACAAAUAUCCACAAACCUGAGUUUCAAGAAGAUUUCAAGCGGUGUAUGCAAAUGGAUUGUGAAAUAGAUGAGUUCGAAAACGUUUGGGAUCAGGUGGUGAAACGGUACAACAUUGAGCAAAAACCUUGGGUGUUGGAGACUUAUAGCAAACGUUCUUUAUGGGCUCAGGCAUAUCUUCGUGGCUAUAUGUUUGCUGGGGCAUCGAGUACACAGCGGGUAGAAGGCAUGAAUGCCUAUUUCAACCAGUUCUUAAAACAGAGACUAAGGCUAUUUGGAUUUAUGGUACAUUAUGAUAGGGCUCUUGGGCGUAUUCGAAAUAGAGAGGCAAAGGCAGAGGUCCGAACAGAGAACAGUUUUUCGGUUUUGACUACACCACUGAAGCGUCUAGAGAAACAUGGAGCCAACAUGUUCACUCGAAAUGUUUUCUUGUUAUUUCGUGAGGAACUUGCCCGAGCAGGCAAGUACAUUGUGGAGAAAACAGUUGUGAUCGAGGGGAUAGACCAUCACAAGUAUUACUUAUCUAAAUACGAGUCACCUGAGAAAACAUGGACAACUGACUAUCAUCCAACGGAUAAUUGAAUGAUGUGUUCUUGCUUGAAAUUCGAAUCGUUUGGCAUACCCUGCUGCCACAUGAUUUGUGUUAUGAAAUUAAACCAUCUAUUGUGUAUUCCUCAGAAUUGUGUCUUGCAGAGGUGGGCGAGGCAACAUAGGCCUAACCAUCAGGUACAUAGUCAUAGCAAAAUUGAUACCAUACUAUCUCAGACAGCACGUUACGGUAUAUUAAGCUCACUUUUCAACGAGGUGUCGUAUUAUGCCUCACACGCUGACUUGGAUUUCAAAGAGGCUAGGGAAGUAGCCGUCCAGUUUCUGUGGCGGUUGAAGAAACGCCAGAAAAUUACAAAGGAUAACCCCAACAGUGUUCAAGGAAAUAGGAAGACCAAGCUGUUUGGUAUUAGGGAUCCUAAUAUAGUCAAAACCAAAGGUAAUCCGGGGGGAAACGUUUCUAUGGGCAAACCCAAAAGGCCAAGGAAUUGCGGAAGGUGCAAGGUUCCAGGCCAUACAAAGAGAACAUGUCCAAAAUUUCCUUUAGCUAGCCGAGGAGUGGAUAGUAUCUCUAUCGAUAAGAAUGACUACCAACCAUCGGCGACACACUGUCCUUCGGAGGAUGGCUAUCCAACUCCUCCUCCUUCCCCUUUUACACAAACAGGAUGUAAAAGGAAGUCAACAGGUCCUGCUAUGACCCAUCGUGUGAAAAGGCAACUUUACACUAACCAUGAGCGUACAGAUCUAACUCCUUUGGAGUCAGGACAUGACAUCAAUAGAGCAACUGCAAGUCGUGAUGCUCAAGUGUGCCAAAAUGGAUCAUUCAGAAUUAGUGAAGCUAGUAAGGAAGAUGAAGAAGGAGCUGCAACAAAUGAAGCCAUCCAGUCAAGUUCUAGUGUCUUAUAGGUGGCAUUAUCUCGCCGUUAUGGUGUCUUAUGAGUUAUUUUAGCUUUUUUAACUGCUUCAUUGAGUUUGGGCAUGUAGACUAGCUUAUCAAUGCUUGUUAAGUUUUUGAUACUGCGUGGCAUAAUUGGUGAACUGGAUUUAUUGUUUGACUAUUUAGUGGAGUUCGA